AUGCCGGAUGUCUCUGUCACUCUGUAUCCUGGGAUGCCCAGGUUGGCAGAGCAAGGGCGGCACGAGAUGGACCAAAUCUCCGCCGGAUGUCGGCAAAUGUUCUAUCUGCGAUCGUAUGCUUCGUAUAAUGCGCUCUCGAGUAUUCGGAUCUGGCUGGCCACAGUGUUUCCACUAUCGCGACACUCCUACUCCUCUCUGUUUCUCUUCAUCCCCACAAUCUUCCCAACCGGUGUCGAAACGAGGAGCUUCCAGAUGUAUCCGGAGCCGUGCUGCGCAAUAUCCACACUUCUUGAGGCUGCCGCACUGGUUUCGCAAUGGAUGCUAGGGCCGCGAGGACCGUUCUUGGAGAGAACUUCAGGGAAACUAAGGUAUAAACUGUUGAACUUCUUGACGUUGAGGAAGCCGUGGCUACGAAUGUAUCAGGAGCCAUUUUCACCAUCCGAACAAGAGGCGUUGAGAAGGAUACGGCGCAUCAUUGCGAGUUGCGACGCAGCAUUCCAGACAGGAUUGUUGACAAAGUUGGACGAAAGCAGCGCGUUGAACGAAAUGCGGUUCCCUGACGCGACCAGGCCACUCACCACUGUCAUGGAUCGGCAUGCGACUCUCGGGCUUGGCAGCCGCAUUCGGGCCGAGAGGCAGAUUGCACGCCAAACCUGA